AUAGGGGUUGAAAUAGUCCUAAAAUGACGUCAUCAUCGAACACCUGGCUGACCUCAUUUCACAAGGGUGUCAAUGACCUUGUACUGAGCUGACCUUGGGAUAAACCACUUUCCCAGGGGUAUUUUUAGACUCAAGUGGACAAUAUAAGGCCCUCGAACAGUCCCCAUGUCAUUCAGACUUCAAUCGCCAGAGAGAACUCACGCAUGCUCUUGACUCUAUUGGUUCUGGUAGCCGUUUACCUCGAAGAUAGAAAAUGGAAGCCGCUCACCGUGAUAUCCUGAGGAGGAAUCGUUGUGGUCUAGUGCAAGCUAUACAGUGUGUAGAAGAGGUGGUGGACAAACUGGUACAGUUUGAAGUCCUUACCAUCCUCAUGAAGGCAGAGAUUAUCGAAAAACCACGGACGUCCUUCGAUCGGGUCAGAGAACUGCUGUCCAUGUUACCUAGACGGGGACCCCAAGCUUACUCUCUCUUCUGCAAAGUGUUGAUGGAAUGUAGGGAGACACAAGCCAUGGCAUUGUUGGGGCUAGAGACUGACAAGACAGAACUACAGGAUCCCCGUUGUCAUUUACAUCUGGGGGACAACGUCUUUGUGACGGCCAAGACAUGGGAUGGUGUACUGAACAUUCAUGUGAGGAAGUACGAAGUGUACCCGACUGGCAAGGCCUACCCAACCAAGCGAGGCAUCGUGCUUACCUUGAAACACUGGUUAGAAAUACCAAGUGUAUUUAUACAGUUGAUGGAAGCUGUCGGUGAAGGAAGAAAUCAAGCCUAUGUUCACAUAGGGGUUAACGUGUAUGCCAGUUUGGAUCCAAAUGGUAGCGUGGAUCUACGACAGUGGGAGAAAAAUGAACAACUGGGAGUGGUACCUACGGCUAAGGGUAUCAUGUUGUCCCCAGACCAGUGGAAGAAAUUGAGAGACUGUUAUGAUGUCAUGCCAGACUUUGUGCCAGAACUAAAGGACAUGGUUCCCUGUAUGACACAAGAAGAUCACCAGAAUCAAAUGGGAUACCUCCAGUGUUCCUUCUGCAACCCUAAUGACUAUGAAUGUUGGAGUAACUGACUAUUCUUCUAUGGUUACAAGUCACCAUUCAGCAACUUUUAUCCAGCUGUGUUUACUUUGGAUGGUGUUACAUUUAUUUGUGUGGAACAGUGUUACAUGUACUCUAAAGCAUUGUACUUUGGAGAUUUGGACAGGGCAACAUGUAUUUUCCAAGAGACUUCGCCAGCAAAGCAAAAGCAUCUUGGGAGAUGUGUGAAAGGCUUCACCCAGAAGGCGUGGGACACUGUCUGUCUUAAUGUGAUGACUAAGGCUGUAAUGGCUAAAUUUUCUCAGAACAGUGACUUGAAACACGUAUUGAUUCAAUCCUACCCUAAGCGGUUAGCUGAAGCCAGCCCCUUUGAUAAAAGAUGGGGCAUAGGAAUUGAUGUAUCCCAUCCUGAUAUUGACAAACCCUGGAAAUGGCCGGGGGAAAACAAGUUGGGAAAAACGUUAAUGCACGUCCGUGAAAAGUUGUUGCUGUUGUAAAUGUUGUUCUUCAUGUAAAUAAAAUUCUUGUA